AGACCAGUAUGAUUUGUUGCUGUCUUCACAAAGUUUCUAUGCAUAUUGUUUUUGUUUAAUCUUUUGUGCCAUAGUCACUGAAAAACUGAUUUUUUUUAUUGCGAUCUUCUUCUCUCUGUUCUUCAACGAAAUUAAGCUAAAACAAGAGCAUAGAAUAUAUGUCUGUGUCCCAUCUGAUUUACUAUUCUUGCUUAAAUAUCCUUCUCUGUUUUCUGAUAUUUAAACUUCAAAGAUUACUGAUACAAUAUGGUUAAUGCAACUAAAGGACUGUUCAUUACAUGUGACAUACCUAUGGCACAAUUCAUAAUCAAUAUGAAUGCUGCCUUGCCUGCAUCGCAGAAGUUUAUAAUACAUGUUUUGGACAAUACUCAUCUGUUUGUGCAACCCCAUGCAGCUGAAAUGAUUAGAAGUGCUGUUCAAGAGUUUAGGGACCAGAACUCAUACGAGAAGCCUAACUAAAACAUUGUUUAGUAAUCCAAAGCAAGCAUUAGUCUCUUUUCUUAGUACUGUAUGGUUCAACGUUUUUUUUAAGCAAUGAAUGUAUCAUUGAAUAACUAAAUCAUGUUCGACAACCUAAUAUCAUCUAAAAAUUUAAGAAUCCCAAAUCCAAUAUGAAAA